GGGAGCCGAGGAGUCUGCGUGACCUACAUCUGCUCCCAGCACUGCCUGUCCACCAGCAGUCCAUUCAGAGCCUCUGGCAGCGCGGCAGCUGGAAACAGGGAGGAGGGGGCGGACAGGCGGCUGGAGGCCAGCUGCACGCCCAGGACAUCAGUCGCCACCCCCAGUAGCUAGAGAGGAGCCAGCACCAUGGCAGGGAAGCCCUUCCAGAGGUCCUCCACCCCUGGAGUGAGCAUCCGGCAGCUGGUGGAGGAGGUCCCUCAAGGAUGCAGACUGCCCAGCUUCGACCAGAAGCCCGUCACCUUGGCGCUGCAGGAGGGGAGAAAUGCCAUCUUCCGGGCGGUGGUCUCCGGGGAGCCCAGACCCCUGGUGCGCUGGCAGUGCAGCAAAGGUAGCCUCAGCAACUCCAGCAAGUACGAGAUCUCCUCCGGCCCUGGCGGCAGGGAGCACACGCUGCAGAUCAACAAGCUGACGGGUGAGGACACGGACCAGUACCGCUGCACCGCGAUCAACAUGUACGGGGAGGCCAUGUGCUCCGCCAGGCUCACCGUCAUCGAAGUUGGCUUCCGGAAGAGUCGGAAGAGGGUGAAGGAGCCCCAGGAGGACCUUAGGAAGGAGCUGGCAGAAUUCCGGAAGUUACUCAAGAAGAGGGCUCCUCCCGCCCCCGAGAAAAAGGUGGACAUGGAACAAGUGUGGCAGCUGCUGAUGACGGCCGACCGGAAAGACUACGAGCGGAUCUGCAUGAAGUAUGGCAUCGUGGACUUCAGGGGGAUGCUGCACAAGCUGAGGCAGAUGCAGAAGGAGCGAGAGCACAAGAUUUCACAGUACGUCAACAUCCUCGCCAACCUGAGGCACAUCAAGGUCAGCAAGGAUGGGGUGGCCUCGUUUCACCUGGAGCUGGAUCUCAAGGAUUUGGGGAGCAAGAUCUACCUGUACAAGGAUGGCGAGAUGAUCCCCUACGGCUUCGACAACCAGACCAAGCACUGUCUGCGGCAUCUGGGGAAGCACUACCAUUUCCAGAUCAAGGACCUUCAGCCCGAGGAUGCGGGCAUCUACCAGGUCAAGGUGGAGGACACAGAGAUCUUCUCCACGGAACUGGACGCCAGCGCCAUCCCCCCGCACGUGGUGGUCCCGCUGACCGAGGCCCGCUGCAAGGAGCGCGGCGAUGCCGUCUUCGAGUGCGUCCUCUCUGGCCCCUGCCCCGACGCCGCCUGGAAUUUCCAGCACCGGCCGCUCCGGCGCGGCAACAAAUAUGAAGUGUCUGUGUCCCCUGACGGGCUGACCCACCAGCUGGUGGUGAGAGGGGCCCGUUUCUCAGACAUGGGCCUCUACUCGCUGAGCACCGGGUUCCACGCCUCCAGCGCCUGGCUGGUGGUUGAAGCUGGGAAGGAUAAAGACCUUCUGACCACAAGUGCUGACCACCAGCUGCAGGCACGAGCAGCCCAGACCUCAGAAGCAGAAGAUUCCUGGAGCCUCAGUGGCAAGGGAGGGACAGCCAGGGAGCAGGGCCGCAUAGGGAGCUCCCUUGAUGGGGCGGGGCUGGCUUCCGGGCUCCAGCUCUCAGCCGGCCCAGACAGAGGUGGCCUUGAUGGGCAUGACUCCUCCUUGGUGGGCGACAAGGGGGCAGCUGACUCAGUCUGGGGCCCUGGGCAGGCAAGAAAGGGCUUCCUGGAAGCAGAGGGAGGCAGCGUCGCCCUUCCUGGGGACGGUCAGCUCCGCAGAGAGGGGGGCUGGGACAGGGGCCUUCCCGGGAGGGCCCAGGGACAGCAAGAGGGCCUAGAAUCAGGACUGGACCUCAGGGAAGGUCAACAACAGGGUCGCGGCAGAGACGGUGAUGGAGGCAGCAGGCUCGCAGGGGGCUGGGAGGCUGGGUCCGGCCGCCCUUGGGCUGGAGGAGCGGGGGGAAGAUGGGAAGGAAAGGAACACAGAGAGGAAAAUGGGAGCGAACUAGACGGGCACGGCCAGCAGCUCCUCUGGGGUGCUCAGAGGGGACCUGGCAUAGGAAAGAGGGCCCUGCGGGGGUCUCAGUCUGGUCCUGCGGGGUCUCGGUCAGAAGAGGAAGAGAUGGAGAUUUUGCAGGGGGAGAGCCUGGCUGAGAUGGAAGGAGGGGAUGAUCCGAGCAGAGCAAGGGGGAGAGGAGCAGCUAGGGCAGUGUGGGGUAGUGGGGCAGGCCUGGGGGGAGCUGGAGACAGCAGUGGGGCCGGAGGUCCUGGUGCCCUGGGGUCCCCUGGAGAAAGAGGUUCUAGCUCCAAGGCAGGCAGGGGCCGUGAGUCCGGGGGCUCUUGGGCAGGUAGUGAUGCUGACCACGGGGAAGCAAGGGGCUUCUGGGGGUCAGAGGAGUCUCCAGGACAGACAUCUGCAGGCAAGGACUUUUCUGGCAGGAAAUUCCCCCUGGGGCGCGGGGGUCCUGAGGCCAAAGGUGAGGGCUCCCUGCUGGGGGCAGAGGAUGGAGGCCCAGGGGCGUCCAUGGGAGGGGGCAAGGGCUACAGAACCAGCCUUGGAGGCUCAGGAGGUCCCAGGGGCUGGGAAGGGGAUGAGCAGGGGCUCAGGGGAAGGGAGGGCCAGGGGACCGCAGGGGCCUUGGGCGAGGCAGGCGAUGGGUCCAGAAGCCUCCAGUAUUCCCAGGGCUGGACAGCAGGUCAGAGCGGAGCAGGGGGCGCCGGCAGAAUAGAGGCUGAGAGCGCAGGUCCUUGGGAUGACACACAGUCCAGCCUCAGCAAAACUGGGGCCCACCACGGGCCGGGAGUGUGGGGGUCUGGUGGAGAGAAAGGGGGUGUGGGUGGUGCCCAAGUGACUGGGCUGAUGGGGUCUGGUCAGGGGGUAGAUGCCAGAAGCCACAGGCUAAUUGGGUCUCCAGGCCUGGGUGCUCAGGGGUCAGGGGGGACACUGGGAGACACAGAUGGAUUAAGAGGCCCAGGGGCAGUAGGAUCUGACCCAGAUUUCUGGAAUGGUUCAUGGGGCUCUGGAGGAAAAGGAUCCAGGGGUGAGAUGGGCUACAAGGAUGGCUUAGGGGGUCCAGGGGGGAUGGACUCCAGGUAUGGUGAUGGCUUAGGGUAUUCCAGGGGAGUAGGUUCAGAAAAGGGGGCUGGUUAUAGGGAUGGCUCAGGGGGGCCAGGAGAAAUGGGAUCUGGUCAGGGUGCUGGUUAUAGAGUCUCCUCUGGGGCACCUGGGGAAACCGAGUCUGAGGUAGGAGGUGGUUACAGACAUGGCUCAGGGGUGCCCGGGGGAACGUGGUCUGGAGACAAAGAUGGUUAUGGUCCUGCAAGAAGGGGAUCGGGGAGACUUGCUGGUAUCAAGAGUGGCUCCAGUGGCCCUGAUGGAGGGCCCAUGGAUGAAGCUGGGAUGCAUCCAGAGGCCAGGGAUGUGCCUGGAGGCCAGGGAGAUGCUGGCCCUGGGGGAAGGCAUCGUUCUGAUGGUGGCCUCGGGAGCCCUGGGAAAGCGGGGUCUGUGGGUAGAGGUGGCCUCGGGGCCUCUGCAACAGUGGAGGCUGUUGGGGAGGGACAAGUGGGAGCUGAACCAGGGGACUCUGGAAGAAUAAGGCCUUGGGGUCAGACUGGAGAUUACGGGGGCUUCAAAGCCUCAGGGGCUCUGGGGUCCUUUGGAGAAGGAGGCCAUGAGGAUGGCUCUGGGGGUCCAGGAGCCACAGAGCCAAGGUCUCUGAGGGCAGGGGGCAAAGUGAGUGAUGGGGAUGGGCCCAGGGGCCGUGGUGCUGGGGCCUCUGGAGCUGGAGCUGCUGACUGGGAUGAUACCAGGCGCCCCGAGGCACUAGCUCCUCACGCUGGGGCCGGCUCCACGAGCCGGGGGGCUUACGGGUCUGGCAACGCGCUGGGUUAUGGGGAUGGAUCUGCUGGAGGCAGAACAGCUUAUGGGGGAGGCUCAAGGGAGCUUGGGCCUGGGGGGAUGGGGCCAGGGGGUGAGGCGGGCUUUAGAGACGGUGCAGGGGGCCUCGGAGGAACAGGGUCAGGGGCUGGACCGGGUUAUAGGGAUGGUAUUGGGGGUUCUGGGGAAAGAGGGUCAGUAGACAAGGCAGACUAUAGGAAAGAUUUCGGGGGUCCUGAGGGAGUGGGUUUAGGGGGGCAGGCAGGUUAUGGGGAUGGUUUAGGGGGUCCUGGGAGAAUGGGGGUAGGGGGUGAGGCAGGUUAUAAGGAUGGUUUAGGGGGUCCUGGGAGAAUGGGGUCGGGGGGUGAGGCAGGGUAUGGGGAUGGUUUAGGGGGUCCUGGUAGAAUGGGGUCAGGGGGUGAGGCAGGUUAUAGGGGAGGCUCAGGAGGACCUGGGGAAAUAGGGUCAGAAGGUGAGAUGGGCUACAGAGAUGGCUCAGGAGGUUUCGGAGUAACAGGCUCACUGGCUGGAGGGGGAUAUGAGGGUGGACCCAGAGGCCAAGAGGCCCAAGGGCGCAGGUCUGCAUCCUGGGCAGCAUCAGAGGGGUCUGACGGUGGCACAAGCAAAAAAGAUGGUGCAGAGAGGGGCAGGGGAGUUGGGCAUGUAGACGGGACAGGGCCUGGGGUGGGUUCUGGGCAGACUGGAAUACUGGGCACCGCAGACGGCACAGGACACAGGGGCCCUGGGGUGCUGGGGAUGCCCAGAGGGCCACAGAUCCUUCCAGAUGGGCAGGGAUCCAAGGGUGGUCUUGGGGCCUCUGGGACCCCAGGUUCUCCUGGGGACAGAGAGGCUACCAGUAGGAAGGGCAGGUCCGCAGACCAAGCAGGGGGUAUGGGGACUUCUGGGUGUCUUGGUGGUCGAGGGGCAGUGGAGGGUGAGGCCUGGGCAGGGACAGCUGCUCUGGACUCUGGGCGUGAACAGGACUCCUGGAAAGCAGGCCCAGGGACAGAAGACAGGGGUAGAGAGGCUGGUCCAGGGGCACCGGCCCCUCAGGGAGCUGGGGAUGCACUGCUCGGGGGCAGGAGAAUGGGAGAAGGCUCAGGGAGCUCAGCAGGUGCGGGCCAGGUGCUGGACGGCAGAGGGAUGCCCGGGGAAAGGGGCAAAUCAAGGCCAGGGGCUGCUGAUGGGGGAGGGGAGAGCCGUGCUUGGGCCCCAGGCCAGGAAGACCAGCGGUUUGGCCAAGACAGCACUGGUGCUGGGAAGCAGCUCCCAGGCUCCAGGGCUCCCAGUGCACUGCAGGAGAAAGAUGCGGCUUUCCAUGGGACCCAUGAAGGACCAGAGGGCUCCAGGGGCUGGGACAGGGCUCCAGGCCAAGAAGAAGCUAGGGGGUGGAGAGGCUCAAGGUUCCCAGAUAGCAAAGGUUCAGGUCCUGGAAGGGGCAGAUCCAGUGGCCCAGGGGUCUCGGGUGUCCUGGAUAAAGAGACUUACAGUGAUGGGGAGAAGGGCCUCACCCAAAAACCUGGGGACACAGGACCUCAGGGAGCCUGGAAUGGGCUAGAUGGUCCAUUUGGCAUAAAAGACUCUGGGGACAGAUCAGGGGGCAUCCAGGACCUUGGAGCUCAGCCAGGCAAAGGGCUGAGGGGAGGAAGGGGGUCCCUAGGGGGUGAGGGGUCUCUGGAGGCUGAGAAUGACAAAGCCCGAGGUCCAGGGGCCCUAAAGGAGUCUCAGGGAUGGGGAGCAGCAGAGUCUAGCAGGUUAGACGGUAGGCUGGGUGCACCCAGGAACAGGGCUCAAACACAAUUGGGGGCCGAGGCUGGAGCUGCAAAGAGAGGAGGAGCGGAUGAGGCCAGAGGCCUGGGGCGGCUGCCUGGAGAGACGAGCAGAGGGGGCCUGGGAGAGGCUCUGCACCAGGACCAGCAGCAGGACCCCCUGAGCCAUCCCGGCAGCAGGAGAGGCGGCAGAGAGGCCAGGUGGGACGCCGACGGCCAGGGGCGAGAUGCCACCCAGAGUCCCAGAUCCAGAUACAGGCCUGAUGGGCCUGAUGCUGGCCGUUUCUCCGAGGAGGCCCGAGGCCCCGCGGGCCACUUCUCCCAGGGCCUGGUCGACACGGAAGUGCAGUGGGGCGAGGACGCCGUGCUGUCCUGCACCCUCACCCACGACCUGGGUCCCGGGACCUGGUUGAAGGAUGGAGUCAAGCUUGGUGCCCAGGAUGGAGUCAUCUUUGAGCAGGAUGGCCUGGUGCACAGGCUCCUCAUUGCCCACGUGCAGGGCACCCAGGCCGGGAGGUACACCUUUGUCGCCGGCAGCCAGCAGAGCGAGGCCACACUGACCGUCCACGACGCCCCCGUCAUCCCUCCCGAUGUGACAGAGAAACUGCGAGAGCCACUGGUGGUCAAGGCUGGGAAGCCGGUGACAAUGAAGGUGCCCUUCCAGAGCCGCCUCCCCGUGCAGGCUGCCUGGAGGAAGGACGGUGCCGAGGUGCUGGGCCGCAGCAGCGGGGGGCCCCAGGUGACCCUGGGGGACGACUUCACGCGGCUGUGCCUCUCCAGCGCCAGCAGGAAGGACCGUGGCCAGUACAGCGUGACGCUGAGGAGUGACGGGGGCUCUGCGCAGGCCGAGCUCACCCUGCAAGUCUUAGACAAACCCCAGCCCCCACAGGGCCCCCUGGAGGUGCAGGAUUGCCAGGGGGCUGGUGUCUCCCUCCGCUGGCGGCCCCCGCGGGACGAUGGGGGCCGGGCAGUGGAGCACUACAUGGUAGAGAGGCGGCAGGCCGGCAGGAGCACGUGGCUGAACGUGGGCGAGCCCCCCGGGGACAGCACCAGCUUCACCGACGCCCACGUGGAGCGGGGCAAGAAGUACGCCUUCCGCGUGCGGGCUGUGACCUCCGAGGGGGCUGGGGAGGCCCUGGAGUCUGCGGAGGUGCUGCUGGCUCCUGAGGCUCUCCCAGGGCCCCCUUCCGCCCCGACCAUCCUGUCAGCCUCCAGCAAGGCCAUCACGCUGACGUGGACGGCGCCUCAGGGCCCCGGCAGUGCCCACAUCCUGGGCUACCUGGUGGAGAAGCGCAAGAAGGGGAGCCACACCUGGACAGCAGCAAACGACCGCCCGGUGCCUGAGAGGAAGUGGACCGUGGCAGACGUGCGGCAAGGCUGUCAGUAUGAGUUCCGGGUCACAGCCGUGGCUCCCUCUGGCCCUGGAGAGCCUGGGCCCCCAUCGGAUGCCGUCUUUGCUCGGGACCCCAUGAGACCUCCUGGGCCCGUGAGGGAUCUGCAAGUCACAGACACGUCGAACACCAGCAUCACCCUGAGCUGGGCCCGGCCGGACACUCAGGAAGGGGACGAAGCUCAGGGCUACGUGGUGGAGCUGCGCGGCUCGGACAGUCUGAAAUGGACCCGGUGCCACACGGGCACCGUGCCCGGCCCCACCUACACAGCCAAGGGGCUCCGGCCUCGAGAAAGCUACUUCAUGCGGGUGACAGCGGUGAACGACGGGGGCCCCGGCCAGCCCACCACCCUGGACACGUUGGUGCAGGCCGUGCCCGUCACUGUGUGCCCCAAGUUCCGACUGGACUCCAGCAUGAAGGACUCGCUGACAGUCAGAGCUGGCGACACCAUUCGUGUUCCUGUCCCCUUCGAAGCUGCCCCCAUGCCCGAGGUGACCUGGCUCAAGGACGGCUUGCCCUUGCCUAGAAGAAGCGUGACGUCCACCAAGGACGGCCUCACCCAGCUUCUGGUGCCUUCAGCCAGCCCCUCGGACGCCGGCCUCUACACCGUGGUGCUGAGAGGCCUGCAGGGGAAGGAGGCCACCCACAGCUUCCUGCUCCGGGUGGCAGCGUGCCCGCGGGCUCCCGGGCCCAUCCGUCUGCAGGAGAACGUGCCGGGGACGGUGACGGCCGAGUGGGAGCCCUCUCCGGACGAGGGGGGUGACUCGCCGUUGCACUAUGAGGUGUUCACGCGCUGCUUGGGGCUCGGGCCCUGGCGCCUCGCGGCCGACGGCCUGCACACCAACCGCUUCACCCUCCUGGGCGUCCUCCCGGGCCUCGAGUACCACUUCCGGGUGGUGGCCAAGAACGAGCUGGGGGCCAGCCAGCCCUCGGACACCAGCGAGCCCUGGUGCAUCCCCCGGCAUCGAGACGCCUUCAUGGUUAAGACUCCGAGGCACCGGGAGCCCGACCUGCGCCAGAAGCCCCGCUUCCUGGUGGGGCUGCGGGCCCACCUGCUGCCCCCGGGCUGCGAAUGCUGCAUGAGCUGUGCCGUGCAGGGCUGUCCCCGACCCCAGGUCACCUGGUACAAGAAUGACGAGAGCCUGGCGGGCAACCCCGCGGUGUACAGCACCGAUGUGCAGGGUGUGUGCUCCCUUAUCAUCCCCAGCGUCUCCCCCGAGGACAGCGGCCGCUACAAGGCGGUGGCCGAGAACGCGCUGGGCCAGGCUGUCAGCACCACCACCCUCAUUGUCACAGAAUCCAGCCCCUAGCCCCACCUCACCCUGGAUGGCCCUGCCCGGCCCCACAGCCACAGCAUGACGGCAGAUCCCCAAAGCUUCACUUGACGUCCACACCGGCCUGGGGAGCCAGUCCUGAAGGAUGGAGAACAGUGGCAGUGCCUGGAGCCCCAGGGAGGCCGGAAUGAGGGGGCCCCGGGAAGGUUCUGCCAGCAGAGCCUGGACUGCUGGGGGAAGGAAAAGCAGAAGCGGUGGCCUUCAGCCUCCCAGCCCCAAGCUGAGCCACUCAACAGGAUGCCAGCGAGCCUCCGCGCUCGCCGCGUGGGUUCCCUGUUCCGCUUCAGGAGAUCGGAGAGAAGCUGUCUGCAGGAUGGAGGCCAAUCCCCAUUUGGGGACCCUUGGAGAGAGGGCGGGAAGAGCUGGGUGUGCUGUGACCACGGGGAGGGAGGAGGGAGGGAGGGCGAGGACCUGGGUGAAGACUGGGGCUGGAGAGCAUGUGUGUGAGGCUGCUUUCUGUAGUUUUCUUCUUUAAAAGCUUAGGCUAAUACAGGCAAUCGUUUGCAAAAGAA